AUGCAACUCGGGCACAGUUCAGCACUAGAGCAGGCUAUCAUAAGUAAAAACAAAGACUUCUUAUAUACAUUUUUAGAGCUACAAGAUGAAACAAAGGAAAAGAUGGUCAGAGGUCUGCCAGACCGGUGCGUUAUUUUGCUAUUAGAGGUGCUAACUGAAUUAUUCGAAAACAAAGAGAUGCGGUAUGAAGUUAUUUUAACCAUUAGGCAGACUCUUUCCUGGAGAAGAAAUACGUUUAAAGCCUCUGCAGUUGAUGUAGUCUCUAAGGAGGGUGGGCAGGAAGUCUCUGAGCAUGCUGAGCGUAUGAACGCGCUUAAGAGAGUAUUGAUAUCAAUCAAUAAGGAAAAAGUAGAUCUAAAUAAAGUGUAUGAGCUGAAGGGAAGAAUGUGCUAUAUCAGAGAUUCACUUGAUGAGAGAGUGGAGGAAAAGGAGAAUGUUCCCGUCUGUAGAGAGCAGUAA